GUAACCGGAAGCGGAACUUACCGCUGACCUCUGACAUCACGCACGCACCGCGACGGAGGCGGUGCCGUUUCCGUGGUAACCAGGCCGGGCGUCCUUCCGGAGUUGGAGUGGAGUGAGGCCUUUGGAGAGGAGACAAAAUGUCUGUACUCACUUCUCCCAGAGGAAAGGUAGAAGUGGUUCACUGCCGAAGAACAGAAUCCCAGGAUAUUUAUUGUAUCCAAAAACUCAUUAGAAAAUUUACCCAGAAGCUGUUUGGGAGGCUUAAUAUCGUCUAUCUUCUAGAAAAGGCAAACCUGGCUAUUACCCUGUGCAAUGACAGGGAGGAGAUCAUGGCCCACGCCACCUUCUUGGACUAUCCCAACUGGAACGUGGCCACGCCAGAGGCCUGGGAAUCAGUGUUCCGGGAGCUUGAUGUUGACAUCCCCUGCACGCCCCUGAAUACGCUGUUCCUGCACCUCUUUGUGGCCGUGGAUGAGUAUUCUGUUGGCUGCUGCAAAGAGAUUAUUCGGACAGUGUUUAAGGUGGUGCCAGAGCUGCACUUCAUCUUUCUCAUAGUGCCAUCCUACAUGAGCCUAGGCUCGACUCUCGUCACUGUUUUUAAUGAAGUGGGGAGCUUGCCGUAUCUGAUGUAUGAUGAGGACUUCACAGUGUACGUGUGUCACAGGCACAGCCACUACCCUCAGCUGCACAUUCGCAGAGCCAGGGUGGAAGACCAUGACGACCUCAUGCUGAUAUUUAUGCACCAUGACACCAUUUUGAAGGACACAUAUGGCGAAUACUUCCUGGCUGAGCUGAUAGAAGCUCAGGACGAAGAGAACCAUGCUGUCGUGUGUGAGGUGGAAGGUGUGGCUGUCGGCUUCAUGAGCUUGUGCUCCAGAGUGAAUCUGCCGCUGCUGCAUGAGUGCUUUGACCUGGGUCCUUUCCAUGGAUUCUGCACCCCACAUCCCGAAGAUGUCCUGGAGCCACCAAGAGAACCCAGAAGCACAGAUGCCAAACUCAGGACAGAGAGCCAGAGUUCCCAGAAGACAGCCCAGGAACUCUCAGGACUGUUUUCCCCGGAGGCCACGGGGAGCUUCCAGGAAAAGGUCAUGGAAGAAGCUGAACUCCUCUCAGCAGUCCACAGUGAAAAUGCCAGUGAAAUGCAGGACACGGAUAAACUCAGUCUGCUUUCCCUCACUGGUGAGCAGGAACAUGGUGUCAGCCGCUGGAGCUCAGCAUCCAUCCUGCUGCCCGAGGAGCCUGACUAUUUCCGCCCAGUCUACAGGGGAGCCCCCACUGUGUUCUGCAUUCAGCUCUUUUGUAUCGAUGAGCAGUAUGAGGCAAGGUCUCUGGAUUUUAUGAAUUUUGUUUUCAGUCUCUUUCCCGACAAGAACUUCUGCAUCAUUUCCGUGCCCCAACUCACCCCUGAGUUUGUCCUCAUCCAGAACUUCAUGAAAGUCAUCCCCUUUGGUGACUGCACACUCCAGCACGACCUCUACGUCUUCCACCGGGCCGGGCUGUUCAAGUCCAUUAAUAUAAGAUUAGCCAAUUGCACAGACACUCCUGGCGUGGAAAAGCUGGUGAGCUCCCUCAUGCUGAGUAAAAGCAUAUUGGAGGACUUUGCCCAGUACAGUGAGGCCCGCAGAGACCCUGAUGGAACACCACUGCAGGCUUUUGUGGCGGAAGUGGCAGAACAAGUCGUUGGCAUUGCAGUGAUCAGAGACGAAAUGGACAUAGAGUACAUACGCUCCCACUACAACAUUGAGGACUUCAUCUACUUCAGCCACCACCAGCGGGACGAGCACGGGCGUCUGCACCACUUUGCCCUGAACCCUGCUUUCCGGCACUACACAAAGUUCUUUCUGAAGGAGCUCCUUCGCCUGGGUUCCAAGACCUGUCUCUAUUACCCUGUGUACCCACAGCCCCGGGAUGGCAAGCUCCAGAGCCCCUACGCCCACUCCCUGACAUCUGCCCUUCAUUACUUGGUUCCCGUGCGACCACGACGACAGAUUGUCUAUCCUCUGGAAAAGCUUGGCAUCAACGCUCCAUCAAAGGCGGUCUCCAAGGAUGUGUUGGGUUAUGCCUUGAACCACACAAACAGAAAGCUAAUGUUGGAACCUAAAAUAACUGUCAAUGCCAGGAUUGUUGUGGUUGGUGCCUCCAGUGUUGGAAUUUCCUUCCUAGAGACACUGGUGUUUUGCGCUCACCUGAAAUUUAAUAAUCUCACUCUGAUUUCAACGCAUGGCCUCCCAGGAAAAAAACUUCUGGGGAAUGAACAAAGGAAGUUUUUAGCAAGCGACCACUGUUUUAAUGAUAAAGAUUAUGCACUGAUGUCACUAUGCUCCUGGGUUAAUGUGGUGGUGGGCAGAAUGACGGGCAUAAACCGGGCAGCCAAGCAUGUCGUGGUGUCCAAGGACAAAGCUGUGCCGUAUGACCACCUCAUCCUGUGCACCGGGCAGCAGUACCAGGUCCCGUGUCCAUCAGGGGUCGAUAUCAGCCAACACCCCACAAACCAAGACGUUCCUGACAGCAGCAAGAUGCGGUACACAGGACAAGUUCCCUGCAACCUGUUCAUGCUCAACGAUGAGGAGGACUGCGUGAAGGCCCUGACUUGGAUACUGAGCAACUCUGUUACCACAGAAGGGAAUGUCAUUGUCUACGGGAACACGAUCGACACCUAUACCACUGUGGAAACACUCUUACACCUGGGUGUGAGAGGCUCCUGCAUCUAUCUUGUGCACACCCCGCCCAAGUCUACAGUCACCUGCAUCAACAACUACUUGGUGGAGAGUGCCGUGGAGGAAGCACUGGGGGCAGCUGGCGUCACCACCUUCUGGGACGCCAUCCUGGCCCAGUGGAACCAGGGCCUGAACCCCGACCCCAUCCACUGCGCCAGCUUCACCACGCCUACCAAGACUUUCCAGCUCCAGUGCACCAUGUUCUUCAGCUUCUGUGAGAAGAAUGUAGACUAUGAAACAUUCAAAGCAUUGAAUGAUGCAUGCCUCGUCUAUGAUGGCCGGCUUGUGAUUGACACCAACUUCCACACCAACGAUGUUGCCAUCAGAGCUGCGGGCCCCCUCACUAAGUUCUCCAACAGAUACUACUCAAAUGACUGGACUCACAAAAACUUCAGUUCCAAAGAAGUGGGCUUUCAGUUGGCAGCUGCUAUGCUCACUCUCUUUGAUCCAACCCUUGAGCCUGUGAUGGAGCCACCAGCCGAUCUGGACUGUCUCAUCCCCAUGUACAAAGGAGCCAAGAUCCAAGGAGGAAUUCUUCCUGGGUCCUACCAUUACCUGCAUAUCACCAAGCCGGCCAUCCCCAUUCCCCUAGAGGUGCGGAUGACACAGCCUGAUUUUGGUUCAGAAAUAGUAACAGGCAGCGCAAAAACUGGGACCUACUUCCGAAUUCACAUCAACAAGUAUAAAAUGGUAGAGGACAUCACAUGCCUUUCCAAGGAGCCUUUCCCAGUCUCCAACUACAUCCGCUUGUUCGGCCAGCAUGAACAAGCCCUAAACAACCUUUGUGCACGUUACGAUAGUGACCAGAUCACAGAUCUCUACAGCUACUUCACGGAGCCCUGGUGCAUGGCCCUGCUCCACGAUCGCUUUAUCGACCUCAGGAAGGAGCUGCGCCAGGUCCUGGCCUCUGAGCAGGAGGAAGGCCUGCCUUCCAUAGAACAGCUGGUGCGCCAGAUAGAAGAUGAGGAAGUCAACCUCAAGGAAGAGCCCAGGAAUUACCUCAGGAGAGUAUUCGAGGACACCAUCUACCGGCCCCUGGUGGAGAAGAGCAUCCUUGACUACCUGCACUACAACCGCUACCACCUGCCCAUGUAUGCGUGGCCCGGCAUCAUCUAGACCUGGCCUGGCCCCAGCAAGCAUCUAUUGACCCCC